GACGCAGAUUCUUUCUGGUGGUUUCGGAAGUUGGGCGUUUGUCAGCGGAGCACUUGCAACCAUGCAAAUAUUUGUGAAAACACUUACUGGGAAGACCAUCACUCUUGAGGUCGAACCAAGUGACACCAUUGAAAAUGUCAAGGCUAAAAUUCAAGACAAAGAAGGAAUCCCACCUGACCAGCAGAGAUUAAUCUUUGCUGGAAAACAAUUGGAAGAUGGCCGUACACUUUCUGAUUACAAUAUUCAGAAAGAGUCAACCUUGCACUUAGUUUUGCGUCUUAGAGGUGGAAUGCAAAUCUUUGUGAAGACCUUAACAGGAAAGACCAUUACUCUGGAGGUUGAGCCCAGUGACACAAUUGAGAAUGUUAAGGCCAAAAUCCAAGAUAAGGAGGGUAUCCCUCCAGAUCAGCAGAGGCUGAUCUUUGCUGGCAAACAGCUUGAAGAUGGCCGUACCCUGUCUGAUUACAACAUCCAGAAAGAAUCCACGCUGCAUUUAGUGUUGCGUCUGAGGGGUGGUAUGCAGAUUUUUGUGAAGACCCUCACUGGCAAAACAAUUACUCUGGAGGUGGAGCCAAGUGACACAAUUGAGAAUGUGAAGGCCAAAAUUCAAGACAAAGAAGGUAUUCCCCCAGACCAGCAGAGGCUGAUAUUUGCCGGUAAACAGCUUGAAGAUGGUCGCACCCUCUCAGACUACAACAUCCAAAAGGAAUCCACUCUCCACUUGGUUCUUCGCUUAAGAGGUGGAAUGCAGAUAUUUGUAAAAACCUUGACUGGCAAAACAAUUACUCUGGAGGUGGAGCCAAGUGACACCAUUGAAAAUGUGAAGGCCAAAAUUCAAGACAAAGAAGGUAUUCCCCCAGACCAGCAGAGGCUGAUAUUUGCCGGUAAACAGCUUGAAGAUGGCCGCACCCUCUCAGACUACAACAUUCAAAAGGAAUCCACCCUCCAUCUUGUCCUCAGGCUGAGAGGAGGGAUGCAAAUAUUUGUGAAGACCCUCACUGGCAAAACAAUUACUCUGGAGGUGGAGCCAAGUGACACAAUUGAGAAUGUGAAGGCCAAAAUUCAAGACAAAGAAGGUAUUCCUCCAGAUCAGCAAAGAUUGAUUUUUGCCGGGAAACAGCUGGAAGAUGGUCGCACCCUAUCAGAUUAUAACAUCCAGAAAGAAUCCACCUUGCAUCUUGUCCUUCGUCUGAGGGGUGGAAUGCAAAUCUUUGUGAAGACCUUAACAGGAAAGACCAUUACUCUGGAGGUUGAGCCCAGUGAUACCAUCGAGAAUGUUAAGGCCAAAAUCCAGGAUAAGGAGGGUAUCCCUCCUGACCAGCAGAGGCUGAUCUUUGCUGGCAAACAGCUUGAAGAUGGCCGCACCCUCUCAGAUUAUAACAUCCAGAAAGAAUCCACCUUGCAUCUUGUCCUUCGUCUGAGGGGUGGAAUGCAAAUCUUUGUGAAGACCUUAACAGGAAAGACCAUUACUCUGGAGGUUGAGCCCAGUGAUACCAUCGAGAAUGUUAAGGCCAAAAUCCAGGAUAAGGAGGGUAUCCCUCCUGACCAGCAGAGGCUGAUAUUUGCCGGUAAACAGCUUGAAGAUGGCCGCACCCUCUCAGAUUAUAACAUCCAGAAAGAAUCCACCCUCCAUCUUGUUCUCCGUCUAAGAGGUGGAAUGCAAAUCUUUGUAAAAACCUUGACUGGAAAAACAAUCACCCUAGAAGUGGAGCCAAGUGACACCAUUGAAAAUGUGAAGGCCAAGAUUCAAGACAAAGAAGGUAUUCCCCCAGACCAGCAAAGACUGAUCUUUGCAGGAAAACAGCUGGAAGAUGGCCGUACCUUGUCAGAUUAUAACAUCCAGAAAGAAUCUACUCUGCACCUUGUCCUGCGCUUGAGGGGUGGCUUUUAAGAUGUGACAAUCAGCAGUUCAGCUUCUUACAUUUUGCUUCAUGUUUCUGUUGCACUUUGCUUCAAUAAAGUGUUUGCAUUCCAAAA